AUGUUCGAAAACUACACAGUGACCGCAUCGCGUCAUCCGUCAUCGCUACCACUCAGUUGUGAUGGCUUGUUUGGACCUGACUGGACUCUACCUCGUACUUCAUCACCACGCGAUUCUCAAAUUUCCAUCACACAACUCUCGCAACAAUUCAGCGAAAUGCGCUACACAUCGCAACCCUUCUUUUAUCCCCAACACAAGCCAUCAAAUGCCGAGUGCGAGCUGGACUCGACAUUAAGCUCUGCUGAUUAUGUGGGUUCGCUAUCUCCUUCUAGGAGGCGAUCUCACAGGCAGCAUGGUGUACGAAUGCUCUGCGAUCCGUUCCACCUUCGCAGCAUUCAAGACAUGGUGGACAAGAUGGUCCAAACUGGAGAUCAAUGCGCCAUAUCAUCACCUCGGGCUUCAACCCCAUCAUCUACGGAGGAUGAAGGUUACAGCAGUCUCGACGAGAACCGACGCAACGGCUCGAUAUCUUCAGUCUCGUCUGCUGAAUCUGGCGCGUCUUCAUUGUCGUUCAGACGUUCCGUGGAUUCCAUCACUGGUGCCUGUGUCUCGAAAAACGUUCGCGUCAAGAAGGCUCGCAAUGCGCGGAGUCUUCCCAAGUAG